AUGGAGAGCCAGUCGCUGGGUUUAGCUCGAACAAUAUGCCAAGUCAAGUUUUGCAAAAAACUUACCAAUAUUAAUCAGCAACCAGUCAAAGAAUGCAAUCCCUGGAAGGGAAUAAAUAGUUGGAAAUUCAGCAAGCUUUCAGCCGAGAAAGAGCGUUUUGUGCCAGCCAUGCAUGUGUUCGGAGAUUUAGUAGCAGAUGUAGGCAAUAAUAACUAUAUACGAGACUGUCAAGGGCGUGCAAACUACCCACCAUAUGGCAUCUCUUUCUUCCCCUACCCAACUGGUCGUUUUACUAAUGGCCGCACUGUUUUCGACUUCGUGGCUACUUACCUGGGGCUCCCUUUUGCCCCUCCUUAUCUCCAACCAAAGGCGAAUUUUACAAGUGGGAUAAAUUUUGCAUCAGGAGGCAGCGGUCUGCUCGAUUCAACAGACGCCGGUCAGUAUUCGGAGAAUCUAACUGGAGCUGCACUAGCUAAUCUAGGCAACUCAAUAUAUGGCAUAAUAACUGGAGCCAACGACAUUCUUGUAUACGUGACUAACAAUACUCUCGGAAACACAACUACUCCAGAAGAGUUCAUCACUUUGCCGCUUGCCAAAUAUGAUGAAUACAUAAAAAAGCUUUACAAUUACGGGGCAAGAAAAUUCCUUGUAUUGAACGUUCUACCUGUGGGAUGUUCUCCUACGGAAAGACUUCUUGGAAUCCAGACAUACCAUGCGGAAUGCAUCGAGCCCUUAACUAAAGUCAUUGGGGAAUAUAACACUGCUUUCAACUCAUUUGUCACUCAGCUUAAUGAAAACCUCACUGAAGGGACCAUUAUCAAAUUUAAUGCUUAUGAUCUUUUAACGGACAUGAUCGAAAAUGGUGAAGCCUAUGGAUUUCGUGACACUACGUCAGCAUGCUGGGGAGCGGGAAAAUUUGGUACAGAAAUAAACUGUGGAAAGACUGAUCCACAAAUUUUGUUUUGUAACGAUACAAGCGCAUAUGUGUUCUGGGAUGGACCUCAUGGCAUUCAAAAGGUCUAUAGCAUUUUUUCAGAGCAGAUUUGGAGCGGAAACUCUUCUGUUAUCUAUCCGUUUAAUCUCUCUACUCUAGCCUUGGGGAAAACGAGUCUGAAAAGUCACGAAGCACAAACUUUAUUCGAAUUGUAG